GUCGAAAUACAUCUGAAAUACCACCAUUCCUGAUUGUUUACGAAAUUUGCGCCAAACUAGCAAUGCUAGCAAAUUAAGUAAAGUAAUAUUUUGCAAAAGUCGUUUAUAUAAAUAGAUGCAGUUGAAGUACAAGCAGUGACUUAUGGAUGAAAAAAAAUAUAUCAAGCGGAAGGAGAAGGCGCGAAGUGACGGCAAUAAUCAACAAUUGGCUGUUUGUUGCAACAAUUUGGGCGAUUUCUACAAUCAGCAGGGUAAAUAUCAAAAUGCAGUGCGCGAGUAUCAACAGGAGGCAGAAAUUUACGCAAAACUGGGGAAAAAACUGGAAAUGGCGAAAGCGAACAGAAUGACAGGGGAAAUGUUUAUGUUGCUUAGUGAAUUUGACCAAGCCAAAGAGCACAUAAACCUUUAUCUGGAUAUUGUCAAAAGACUCCAUAAUAAGGUGGAAGAGCAGCGCGCUUACGCUACAUUGGGACGGGCACACUUGUUGCAUGGACAAAGCACCACAGAAAGUGCAGCAUCGACCGCUAUGGAUCAGUUGAGGCAAGCGGAACGUGCUUUCCUUAAGAGUUUGCUUUUGAUAAAGGAACUUUCUGGACAAAUAUCGAAACAGGAACAAUUGGAUAUGCAAGCCCGUUGCUAUCUUAACAUCGGUGUUGUGAAAGAGCAUAUGGAAGAAUUCGAAGAGUCAAUUUCGUAUAUAGAAAAAGCUAUAAAAAUCAGUAAAUCGCAUGACCUAUUUGAAUUAACACAUUUAUGCUACAUUUCGAUGAGUUUGCUAUAUUUUUACAAAAAGCAUGACUCGACAUUAGCUUUACGCUACUGUAAUUUAGCAUUGGAGGUGGCGAAACGUCUGCCGAACAGGGUCAAAAAGAUUUGCGAAACACUCAUUACGAAGUCGGAGAUUUUAAUUAAAGAUGGCGAUUUUGCCAGCGCCAAACAAAUAUUAACUAAAGCGUAUAAAAAAAAUACACCCGAUGAAAACGAUCGAAAUGCGAUUGAGAAGUCACUACGUGUUGUCGUAAAGAUUUGUCAAAUUUUGGACGAAUUGGUCACAACGAGUUCUUUAGAUUAUUCAAAACGUAAGAGUUUAUAUGAGAAACUUGGUGAUGGGUGCUGCCAACUUCAAAACUACUCUAAAGCUAUUGAGUACUACCAUCUAAUGUUAAGUUGCGCUGAGAAAAACCUGGAACCAGAGAAAAAUUUAAUACCAAUAUAUGUGAGUCUCUAUCAGACUUACAAAGACAAUAAAGAAUAUGACCAGGCGCUGGUGUAUCUGUGGAAAGAAUACGAGCUUAAUAAAGAUAAUCCGUCAGAGGCAUUUUCUACCCUUUGUGCAAUCGCCGAAGUGUGCGAACGCCAGAGACAAUCGUUUUGGACCAUACAGGAUAUUUAUCAAAAGGCAAAGCAGCAAGUGGCGAAAAACACUAACGAACGAGAGCGAGCUAAACAAGAACGUGUGGUGUUUGUGCGUUUGAAGAGAUUAAUGUUAAAACACAAAAUGCAAAUGCUGGCAGAUGAACUGCUGGCGGAAGCAAAAGAGAGAGGGAUACAAAUACAACUUUACGACGAAGGAAAUAGUGACACUGAGUCAGAGGCGGAUACAGCUACAGUCAAUGAGGAAAAUACGCCAGAGCUUGGCGAUGAUGUAUGUCUUGAUGACCUAACUGAUUCAGAUAUGAGUGACUUAGAUGAGACAGAAAAACCACGGCCGCAUCGAGCAACGCGUGGAGUACGCGCUCUUACAAUAAAGCGUAACAAUAAAGGCGAAACCCAGUUGCAUCAGGCGUGCAUAGCGGGAAACAUAGAGCUGGUACGCCGACUGCUUGAUCAAGGUCACGUGGUAAAUGUGCGCGAUCAUGCUGGUUGGAUUCCUUUACAUGAGGCGUGCAAUCAUGGAUUUCGGGAUAUAGUAGAGUUACUAUUGGAUCGUGGGGCAGCUGUUGCCAUUAAUGAUAAAGGCGGCAUAAGUUGUGAUGGAAUAACCCCACUUUAUGAUGCCUGUUCGAAUGGAUUUCUCGAUGUUGUGGAACUGCUUUUAGAUCGUGGCGCGGACACCGCAAUUAAAACAGAUUUUGGGGAAACUUGUAUGAAUGGUUUGGAUAAAUGGCGACGUUCAGCCACAAUAACCGAUGGUGAACAAGCGCAUUAUGAAGUUAUUAGGUCUAGGCUGCUGGCAACACUUUCGAAGACAGGAAUUUGUAAGAAAUCUGCAGCACCCUUGACAAAUGCACAAGUUGAGUCUGCAACAGAUGCUGAAUCGGAUUGCGGUGACACAACUCUCGUGGAGGAGGAAUUAUAUAGUAGCGGUAGAAAACGUAUUAGCCUAAAUCGUUCAAGUGAAAAUAAAAAAGAUUCAAAGGAGUCGAAAAAAAAGUCCCCACGUGACAAAUCUGCUGGUAUGGAAUACAAAACAGUAAUGGCACAGUUGAAACAUCCGAAUCGUUCAAACACAUUUGAAGUAGAUACCUUUGAGGGCUUAAGCUGCGGAACGAGUUCUUCAACUUCGCUAAAAUCUCGACGCAGUGCAUUAUUGACCGAAGAUGAAAUAGAUGAUAACGAUUGGCUAGUUGAUGAUUUAGGUCCCGAACGCAAAAAACGCCGUUUCCACACACCAAUCAAAGAAAUCGCCUCCACAUCUAAAGAAAAUAUACACAGCGAUUCAAAGAGUUCCACAUGGAGUGCAGAUGACGCUCUGGCACCUGACGAUGCGUUUCAAGUACUUCUUGAAGCUGCAACUGCUACGACCAAACAACAACGUAAAAGCCAGACAAGAAAAUUACGUUUAUCCGGUUCGUCCAGCGUUAGCAGUUGUUCGAAUUUGUCAAUCGUCAGAGGAAAUAAGACCAAGCAUCAAUCGUCAUUACUGGAAAAUGGCUUUUGCCGCUUUCGCAGCGAGAGCCCUAGAUCCGGUGAUGAGUCCUUUGAUGUGCUGCCAACAACAAAUGAGCCCGAUUCAACAACGACAUCUAUACAUUUGCUGAUAUCGCCCUCAAAAUCAUCACCAAUUAAAGUGCAAGCAACACAAGUCAUUCCAACAACGAUUUCAUUCAAAAUUAAAGUUGAAAAUGAAUUGUUGUUAGUGCCCGUUGAACGAAAAAAACUGAAUGACAUUAACAUACGCUGGCUGGCGGAGGAGGCGGCAAGGCGCUAUUACAACUUAGUUGGUUUGAAGCCAGUUUUACGCUUAAAAACCGCCGAUGGUUUUGCUUACGAAGAGAAUGAUUCACUGAAUGUGGCGCUGGAGCAGAAUAUGAUUUUGGCAACAGUGUUGGACUGGCAGAUUUCACCGCUGGGUCAGCGUUACAAAGAAAUGUGUCACCAGCUAAAGAAAGAUGUUAACAGUGAAGUAUUGUCCGCAUUGGAGCAGACACAGACAUCGAAUAUAAUUUGCUUAGCUGAUUUUUGGCUCCUGCCGCCAAUCACCGAGCCCAUAUUCAAGGCAGUGCUGCAUCAAGCUAAUCUGCGAGUUAUCAAUUUACGAAAUAAUUUCAUACAAAACGAGGGCUGUCGCCAGUUGGCCAAAUCGUUACCCACGCUCAAACAGCUGAAAACGUUGAAUUUGGAAGGCAACCUUAUAACUGCGGAAGGUGUUGAGGCUCUGCUCUCAACGCCAAGUGGGCUGGAAGAACUCGAAGAGCUGAACUUGAGUCAAAAUCCUUUGGGCAAUGACAGUUUAAGAAUUUUGGAAAGAUUUUGCAGCAGCAGUGCCGCCAAAUCGCUGCAACAACUGUCGCUAUCGAAUUGUAAAUUAACGAAUUUGUAUGACUUUGAUUUGGCUUUCUUCCAAUUGAGUGCCGUUGAUUUCAGCUAUAACAAACUUACGAGUGAUUCCUUGCGUAAGCUUUUAGCGAAGUUAAAUGCAUCUCGCCUCAAGGAGCUUAAUCUGAGCUAUAUGCAGGAAUGCACACCUGCAGACGAACGCAAGCCGGCCUUGAAUGCAGAAUAUAUCACGUCCUUCUUUGAAAGCGGCACGUGCGAGAAGUUUCGACGCGUCAGGCUUUGCGGCUGCCACCUAAGCGAUCUGAAUAUGUACAAAAUAACUGAGAAUCUUCAAAAGGCCUGUGAUUUAGAUCUACUUGACGUGAGUGAUAACAACAAAUUAAGUGGCGCCACUUUACUGACGGUAUUGUCUAAGAUACCGCACUUGCGGAGGUUAUGCGCGUUGAAUUGCGCGCAUUUUGUGGACGAGGAACGCUUGGAGAAAAUGCAGCAACUGAAGCAGAUUCCCAGCUUUGUAUCGCUAACUCUAGGCGACAGAUGCAAUGAAUAUGAGCCGCGGCUGCGCAGCUUGUGGCAAUCACAUUGGGGCGAUAAGGCGCAAAUAAAAACAUAUUCUGGAUGUUUACUAUUGCAUAUAAACGAAAAGGAUUUGCUUCAGAAUUGGUGAUAGAGAAACAGUUGAUUUCACGCGCAGUUCUGAGGACAACACAUUUUCACUGCCGAUAGCUGGACAUCGAUAUCAUAAUGUUUUUGGGCUGUUUUGUCUGGAUAUAGUGUGUGUCUUCUGGUAAUGAUCCGAGUAUUUGGAUUAACGUAAGUGUUCAUAUGCUUAUAAUAAAGGAUACUUUGGUAGUUAUCGUUAGAUAUUAGUAUUAUUAAAGAACAAAUUUGUACAUAUUACGAAUAAAUUAAAUUUUGUUACGGAUUAAUUAAUUUGGACAUGGAUUAAAAAAAAACAUAAACCGUAAUAGAUGAGCUCCUUUAUUAUUGUUGUGAACCAAUUGGUCCCUUCUACGUACGAAAUCCAUAUUUAAUCUGUUUAUCGCACCCUUGAAGUGGUAUAAAGGUCAUAUAAAUCUUGAAAGUGAGAAACUCAAAAUUAUUAUGAGCCAUAUGACGCAGUUAAUAGGUGUGCUCUAUUUUCCAUAGAACACAUCGCCGUCGUUGAGUGUGAUGUCGUGGCAGCCGCGUACAGAGUCUAAAAAAUCUCAUUGAAACUGUUAAAAGUACGAAUUUAUAUGAUCGUCACUGUAUAUAAAACAUUUUCUUAUGUAUGUAUGCAUAUGUUCUAUUAACUGGACCCCGUUAUCAGUAAAUAAAUAAAAUCUGGUACUCCAGCGAUAACAAAUGCUCCACUAAGUGUAGACAUGUAUAAAUAACUACCCCCAGUCGGACAACAAUAUUGCGGUUGUCGUAAAGGUUGAGCUGAUAAGCACCGAGGGGCGGGGGCUUAG